AUGUCAACAGAUAACACAGAAUUGUUAUCAAAAUUUCUUAAUGAUUAUAAUCAACUCAAAAAAUAGAAUUAAGAAUAUUAAAUGAAAGAAAACACAUCACUUUUAACAUUAACUAAUGAAAAUUAAUUAUUGAAUCAAGAAUUGAAUCGUAUUAAAAAAGAAAAUCAAAGACUUAUUGAAUGUAAUACAUUUUUAACUGAUUAACUCAAUUAAUUAAAGCUUCUAUACUCAGAAACUAAAUCAGAACUUCAAGAAUCAUUUAAUUUUAUUUAAAGCAUGAAUAAAAAUAUGAAGACAGGUACAUUUGAAAAUGAAGACAAAGAUCUUAAUAAAUUGAUGGAAAUAUUUUCAGUUAAUUCUGUAGAUUAAUUGAUAAUGACUGCAGAAAAAAUAAAAACUGUAAUGUUAGGUGUUUCCCAUUUAGAAUAGUUUUGCAGAUCUAUUUGUGAAAUCAUUUAUGAUUAACAUGAAGAACAUUAUAAUUUAGAUUAAGUGUUUCCAAUAAUUUAAAAAUGGAAGAAUGAUUCAAAAUAUGUAGAUUGUUUUCUCUUUUUUAAAAAUCAAUUAGAAUAAACACUCUCUUUGAAACAUUCUACUGAUUAAUAAAUUAUUGAUGCUAUUAAAUUACUUUAAAAUAAUCAAAAUUAGGAUAUCUAAACCAUCAAAUAGCUUUUUAAAAUAGAUUCAAAUGAUAAUUUUAUGUUUAAAAUCAAUCAAAUCUUUUUACUUCUUUAAGAUAUUUAAUAAUUUAUCAAAAUAGCUAAAAGACUAUUAGAUUUAGAAGAGAAUAUGAAAAAUGAAGCUUGUAUGGUUUAUAUGCUGAAAUUAUUAGAAAAAAUAAAAUAAAAUCAUUUUAAUGAUCCAGAUCUUAUUAUUAAAAUUAUGAAAAUAAUCAAAGUGGAACAUCCAUAAUAAAUAUUAUAAAAAUUAGAGUAAUUGGUAAAUUGA